AUGCACAGAAGGUCACCUGACGGUCGAUUUAUAGUAGAGCUGCCGCUAAAAUCUGACGUACCCUUGGGAGCCUCACGAAGUUAUGCUGUUCGAAGUCUACUAAGCAUCGAAAAAAGACUUGCGCGAGAUGACGACCUAUGCCAACGCUACAAUGAGUUCAUGCAAGAACUCAUCGACAUGAAGCACAUGGAACUUGCACCACCGCCAACGGAUCAAACGUUCUAUAUGCCGCAUCACCCCGUUGUAAAAGAGUCAAGCGUCACGACUAAAUUGAGAGUCGUGUUCAAUGCGUCCGCCAAAACCACCACCGGGAAUUCGUUGAACGAUGCAUUAUUUAACACAUCGCUACGCAGUAACCGCGGACAUCGCGAAAAUGUACCGCCAAAUAUGCAUGUCCACGAAAAACCUCGAUCUACACCGCACUGUCUGGCGUCGUGA